AUGGAUCUACUGGAUCAGAAUCCGCACGAGCGGAAUAGCGAUAUUGACAGCCUCAUUAUUGCUGCUACUGCAGCUUCGGGCGAUGAGCCCAUUGAUACUGAUAUGGCUGUUGAAGAAUGCGUCAACUAUGAAGGUGGUGAGGGGACCUCUCGCCCUGGUCAGGCAUAUUGGCAUCCUGGCUUUCUGCACUCUGAACACGUUGCUGCUAUUCAAGAAGCUGCACGCAAUGUGCUGGUUGAACACGAUCGCCAUUUCUUACCUGAUUCAUACAGUAAGAAGUUUGGCACUGAGUUAGACUAUCAAGAAAUGAUGGAUCUUAUGGACUUUAAAGGAGAGGAGGAAGAAACAGUUGACCACAUAGAAUCUAUGAGAAAACAUUCCAUGGUUUUCGAGGCUUCCGGAGCGCAUUCACAAGCUCUUCCACUUUAUGAGCAAGCUGUCAACGAAGCAGCCUAUCAAAUCUCUACCGUACAACCCGCAGCCAUUUUCCACAAGCGGGACCUCGCAAUGUUAGCAAAAAUAGCUGUUCGUAUGACCGGUUUCGAGUUUCCAAUUUCGCGUGCUGCUAACUACACUCCAAUGGAUGACUACGUUACAGGGUCAUCUUCGGGAACUGUUCUGGAAGCAGAGGAGAACACCCAAUCCCUCAGACCUUCAACAGCGGCUCCUGCUAGCGCCUCCAUGCUUCUUCAGAAAUCCGGUCUGCUUGCACCAAGACGUGACGCCUUAAAACCAGAAUUAACAGCUCAGGAAUACGCAAUAAUAGCCCGUGCUGCCCAGGAGCUCGCACCAGAACUACCCAACUUAGCACUGAAAAGCAGAGAUCAGUGCAGUUUAGUUGAAAACUUUGUGUACACCGAUGCAGUUCGUUUGAUGAAUAUUAGCCCUGAGCGACUGGAUGAAGAGAUGGAGUACAUUCGUGAUGUAAGUGCCAUCUACGGCCGAUAUCAAAGUGGCCCUCGAAUGCCUUCCCCUCGUUUAUCACCCUACGAGAUGGGUAUGAAUGAGGCGGCUGCAUGCGUUGCUAAAUUGCGGCCCAGUUUACUUACUCAUACUCUCCAUUUGACCGAAUGGGCCAGACGUGUGCUCACACUAUCCGGUCUUCAAUUGUCCAGAAUUCCUGCUCCGUCCUCUCCCUCGCAUCAUCAGUCGGUUCAUGGUGAUCGAUGGCCUCAACGUGGUGGCUCAAGCAAAAAUCCCUCAGGCCAGAUGCGCAUUCAUGGCAACGAGGCAGCAUUUGGAGGAACCACUGGCUGUGGCCUUACCUACUCCAGUGAAUACCUCAGUGAUUUUGGUGGCGGAGGUGGCGGCGGUUUCAGUAUCACUACAGCCGCUGACGCUAGCAGUGGCGACGUUAUUGACUACGAGUCCUCUUGUGGCCUUGACAGUAGCGAACUCAUUCAGCCCCUAGGGGGUGCGCAAGCUAUUGCCCUGCUCUCCGACUUCAGUUUGGAGAAACUUGGUCGUGCUCAGUUUACCGUUGUCGACCCACGCACAGACGCAGAGUUUGAGAACUGUCCUCUCGAGUUGCUUGUCGAGGAAGACGAUACACCACUCGAUAUGGCCGAAAUCCUCCGUCUAUCUGGCGCAGAUAGUCUAGAGAAUGCGACUGAACUUUUGGUUCCCUGCAGCGGCUACACAAGUGUAAAUGCCUUCGAUUUAACGCGGUGCACGAAUUUGAAGGAAUUGGAUCUAAGCGAGAAUGCUCUUCGAGUCUUUCCUAGACGUUUGCAUCUUGCGAAUUUGAAGAAGCUAGGUUUGUCAGGCAAUAGGUUUAUUCAUCUACCACUGAUCGAACAAUUCCCGAAGUUGACGCGUUUGACUAUCGAUGAGAGGCUGAAACAGCUUCUAAAUCCUCAAAUGCUGGCAUACUUCUGUCCAAAACUGAAAGUAAUCAAUGGCCAGUUUUUUGAUGAAAUCUGUUCAGAUUUCACGAUCCGCGUAAUUCAAGAGGCGAGGGCUAUCAUGGAGCCAUAUAUCCGCUCAAAGUGGGAGAAUGAGUUUGCGGACCGCUUGCAACCAACCAGCACCCAAGAAGAGCGUCUUCGAUCCAUCGAAACUAUGAUCCAACAGUUGAAGGAUAACUUCAUGCUGGAUGAUACCGUGGUACCCUAUAAAAAUUUGCUUGCAUAUCGCAUAGUGGACGAGUAUCUCCGAUCGAAGCAGCAACAGCAGCAAUUGCCGGAUUUGGAGAUAGCAGCAGCGGAGGCGGACUCGGCCGCUCAGCGCGAGCGCGAAAAGCGCGCAAAUGAGCUGGCUACUGCCCUCGAGGCGGAAGUGCCCAUGCCAAAUGUGGUGGAUGACGAUGAGGAGUCGACUGCCAUGCUCUCAUCUUCCGCCAACGUCGAUGGAGGCUCCGGCGGUGAGCCGCAAUCCACCGCCGUUGCGGAUUUGGGAGAGGCAAUUGUGGUAGAUGAUGGUGAGGAUGAGUCUCUCCAUCCCGCCGCGCACUACGAGGGUGACGAGGAAGAUGAGGAGGAAAGAGAAGCUGAAGCUCGAACUGCUGGCGAGAGAGCCCUCUUUGACGCAGCAGACGAAUUGUUGGGAGUAAAUUUUCCCGACCCACUACUCCUUCAGCAACAGCAGCAAAGUCAACCCAUGCAGAUGAUGGUGUUGGACAGUAUGGGUCGCCUAACCCAACAGCAAGUGAUUCCUGUGACACCCCACGGUCAGAUGCAGAUGGGUGCAAUGCAGAAUCAGCCUCCUUACCAAAUGCAUCUAGGCAAGUCACUACGCGCGGGCCGAUCAAUCGUCAUGACGGUGGUUCGUCCUAGCGGAAUCUCAGGUCGUCCAGUGGCCGAGUUCCUCCCUGGCGAGUUGCGCAACAAGGACUAUGUGAAGGGCUACAUGGCCUCGGAAAUCUAUAAAAAGACCGUUAAAGAGACCCUCGGCCAAAAAGCCACGCCACGAAAACGCAAUGGACCAGGUCGCCCCCGCAAGUCGGAGCCCGCGUCCACGAUUAGAACGCCCGGAGCACCGGUGCCCGCAUUGGUGCCGUUGAGUGAGAUAAACCCCAGUGACCUCGGCAGUAUCAAAAACCCCGUAGUCCCGCCGCUGCACUCCACGAUGCCCAGAAGCGGCCAGAACAUGAAGAGAGCAACUGCCACUGGUGGCAUACUCCUCGAUGACGCCGGUCUUGGGGGCAAUGCUGCGGGUUUACCUCCACGGCCAAAGAAACGCAAGCCUCUCGGCAUGCACAGAAGUCUCCGUGACUUGUGUGCGGAGCCCACCUAUGGCUUUACACCGAGCUACCUGACACCCUCGGGUACUGUGGGAGGGCUACGAACGGAUGCCUCGAUGAUUGACUAUGAUCCGCUACACUUCAUUCGGUGUCACGCCAAGGACAAUGACGCGGGCGACAGCGAGACCAAAGUGUGGCGCUGUCUCUUCGAGCCCAAUCCCUUGCGCCCCGAAGAAACCACACACGUGGUCGCCACGUGUGGCGGCGAAUGCGUCUGCCUAAUCAACUGUGCUACCGGCAAAGAGUUCUACACAAUCGCUUGGACCACAGUAGAGGUUGAGGGCAAUAAGCGCACCAACAUUUUGGCAGCAGCCGGUCGUAUGCGCGAAAUUCGGUUGCUGCAUCCGGAGCAGCUAGUUUGCUAUGCUGAGAUGAAGGGCCACACAGAGGACAUCACUGCUAUGAUUUUCCAUCAAACACAACCCACCAUACUAUUCAGUGGAGACUCUAAGGCCUCCGUAAUUGUCUGGGACAUUGGAGUCCCCUCAGUCCCCGACUACAAGACUCGCUACCAGCUGCUGAUGCGCCUCCGUUGUCCCCGACUGGACGUUAACCCAGUGUUGAAUCUGGUUUUCCUACCGCACUACGCCUACCUGAUUGCUGGAUGUGAGGACGGUCUCUUCGCAUGGAAGAUCACCGACCUCCGACUGGAGAAACGCGAGCGUGAACCCGACAUGGAGCUCAAACUGGAGGUGGAUCAUGAAGUCUGCAUUGAUGGACUGGCCCAGUUGAGUGACAAUUCUCUCGUCAUCAAAGUUGUCGAAUCAGGUGAAAUCAUGGUGUUUGAUUUCGCCGCUGUGCUCGAGCGGCGAAAAGGUCUCCAACGCGUUGUACCAAUCGAAAUGCGUGGUCAUUUGUAUUGGCAAAAGACCGAUGAAAUUUACAUCAAUGUCUCAGUGCGUCAAAACCUCGGUGCUGUAAUCUGUGGAGACAAUGAGGGUGCUAUAUGGAUCUACGACCUUGAUCCCUAUCUCGAUGAUCUUCAUUCGUCCAGCAGAAAGAAGUUCUUUGUUAAACCAAUUAAGAUUCUAGAAUGGCCUGAGUGUUCGGUCCAAGGCAAUCGAGAUGAGGAUCAACAAUUAAAGGAGUCCAUCACGUCUGGUUUUCGAAAUCCCGUAGUCAAUAGCGUGGAGAUGAGUUCUGAUGGUCAUUUUCUGGCGGCAGUGACGGACAAUAAUCUCGUCUGCAUUUGGCGCUACGCUCCUCCUAUCACGACUGCCGCCCCAGUGGCGCCUUCUCCAGCCCCUGCCACAGCAGACAGUACUGUUGCUGCGACAGCGGCGUCAGCGACCGCCACCGACGAAGUGGGUAAUCCCAUCGACACCAUUCUCAUCAAUAUUCCUACCACCAUCACCGGUUCCACCAGUAUGGUCGAUUUGAUAGCGGAAGAGUCGGAAGGAGUGCGUAUGGCCCACCAGUUGGACUCGAGCAAACGUACAGAGGAUGUCAUCUCGGCGAACGACCUGCUCUCCCACACGACUACCCUCUCCUUCACCGAUAUGGGUCUCUCGGUGGAUGUCCUGCAGGGUCUCCGGGCCGCCGGCUUUCAGCGCCCCUCGCCCGUCCAAGUGAAGGCCAUUCCUUUGGGACGUCUUGGAGUUGACAUGAUCGUGCAGGCGAAGUCGGGAACGGGCAAAACUGUUGUUUUUGCAAUAAUAACACUUGAGGCAAUCGACGUUAAGAGGAAGGGUGUCCAGGCCAUCGUCAUCUCUCCAACCCGUGAGAUUGCCUUGCAAUCGGCUUCUGUCAUCCGCCAACUCGGUCAUUUCAUCACUGGUCUCAAAGUUCAACUCUUUGUUGGCGGCAUUUCAUUGUCAGAAGAUGUAAAGCAUGUGAGUCGCUGUCAUGUGGCAGUGGGCACACCGGGAAGGCUGAAGUAUCUCAUAAGCGCUGGCCAUAUUAACUGCGACAGCGUCCGCCUCCUGAUCUUGGAUGAAGCUGACCUUCUAUUCAGCGGUGGAGCCGGUCCUGAAGUCACGGAUGCUGAGCUGCUGGCUGGCAAAAACACCUUCCCCGCCGCCAUCAAUUACAUCUGGUGGGCUCUACCGGAAUCCAAACAGGUGCUGGCACUUUCGGCGACGUACACUGAGCACCUCGUGAAAAAUCACCUUCCUAGGUACUUAAAGUCGCCAGCUUUGGUGCGCCUCUCUUCCGACAACCCGUCCUUGCUGGGUGUUCGUCAGUUCUUUCACAAGGUUCCAACAAAAUCUGCGUCUCCUGCAGCUGUCUUCAAGGCCAAGGUUAAGGAGCUGUUGCGAAUUGUAAAGGAAUUGGACUUUAAGCAAUGUCUUGUAUUUUCUAACUUCCACAACAGUGCGGAGCAGUUAUGUGAGUCGCUUCGGAGCUCCGGUUGGCCCGUCACCUACAUUUCUAGCGGUCUAGACCAAAAGGAACGCUUCAAGGCUUUCAACAGCCUUCGCGCUUUUCAGUGUAGAAUCCUCGUAUCCACUGAUCUGACAUCGCGUGGAAUAGAUGCAGAAAAUGUAAACUUGGUGAUCAACCUUGAAGUGCCUUGGAAUCGAGAUGUGUAUCUGCACCGGAUUGGAAGGGCAGGCCGCUUUGGAAGCUAUGGUGCAUCCAUUUUACUGGUGGCCGAUACGGUCGACGAGGUGAAACUGUUAUCUAGAAUCGAGGACCCGGGUUCGACUCCGAUUCGCCAGCUUCCAGAACCGCUUCCGGUAGAUUUGGCUACCGCGGAGUGUCCAGUAGACCUCUCCAAUCUGGUAACUGUGACGAGACUGGCCACCACAUUGGAGAGUGAUCCACUUGGUUCGAGCAGGCCCGAAACUAUCAAGCGUGUAGCAAAGAGGCUCUCUGGUAAAAGGGGAGCUCUCAGUGCAUCAAAUGCAAGCGGUGACAAGUAUCCUGUCAAGGAACUCAGUCUCAUGGAGAACCUGAAGCUGUACACAGAAGCAGCAUUGAAGAGGUCAUCAAUACGUGUGCACUUAUCCACCGAUGAAGGUGUUCAAGAACCCGUCGAAACCUCAGGACUCGCGGCUGAUUUGGAAAAUAAUAUCCUUCGUCAGAUGUUGGGGUUCCUGGGGAGCCAUCCAACCUCAACAGCAGUGGCGAGAGAGGAGAAAGCGGUAUCGAAUUGUCGAUCCUUGGAGCCCUCCGAGGCAGAAGAGCCUGGGAUUCACAAACAGCACUACCACGUUGCUGUUGCUGAUGCUGCCACGUCGACCGACCAACUGCCUUUGAGUCUUUCACCCCGGCAACUGGCACUGUGGAAUGAAUACUGCCGUCUAGUUGGCUGGAAGGAUUACUUCUAUCAGGCGUGGUGGAACACUACGCAGGAGUAUGAGACAGUCCUCGAGGAAUUCAGGAAAAUGGCGAUUCAAAUGAACCAGACUGGAAUGUAG